AUGCCUCAAUUACACCGCAGCGAGCGGGCAUUGAAGCUAGUCGGGGACGCCGCACGCCAGCAGUACAUCUGCAGAACCUGUCGAGCCCACCAAGUCCGCGCAUUCCACGCCUCAUAUCCAUUCUACGCGGUCAAGUCAGAACGGCCCCUCCUACAGCGGCUGCGAGAAUCAGUUUUUGGCGCGUCCGAGACGCCUGAAGAGCGGAAGAGGGAGGAAGCGCGGCAAGAGCGCACGAAGGAGUUGGCAACGAAAUUCGAUGCUAGCAGGCCAUUGGAGAGGAGGAAGCCGUCGGACAGGAAUGAAUACUAUGAUGUCGCUGCAGUGAUAGAGCCGCCAGUGAAGGGGUAUAGGCAAGCACUGUCAUGGGCUGGUUUGAAGAGGGUGGGCAGCGAAGAAUGGGUUAAGGCGAGGGAGGACAAGGGGGAGGCGUACACUGGUUUCACACCACAGAAGCAGCUUCAGCUGCUCAACGAAAAUUGGUACAGUCUACUGCACAACAUUGUCACCGAAGUAUCCGUUCUGCAGAAGGCGGAUCGUGAUGUCAAUCAAGUGUGGUAUCCACGAGACAGCGCAGCACAGACGUUUUCGCAUUCUUCGAAGAUGGAAGUACAGCCCAUGGAAGGUGGCGUUGAGCUGGUCAUACCUCAGGAUAGCGAGGAGGUGCAGAAGAUAUUACAGGCUAUCCCAGAACAACCAGACCAGCCAACGGAGCAGACCGGCGCACGCAUCAGAAAUUUGUCGCGUCUCCUGAGCGAUCAUCCAGCACCCGAAGAUGCCUGGCUGCAGAUACCUGUCGACGCAAAAACGAAGCUGGCUAUUGCCAAGCGCAUCACACAGCUCACCGGCCGCCGUAUAUCUGACCCGGUUAUUUCGAACGCGACUACCGUCCAGGACUUGUUCGAUGCGAUCAAGAUUAAGGAGAAGCCCAAGAAGCUUGCACGUACGGAAGAGCUCCAAACGCUACGAAUCGAGUUACCGAACGUCGAGGUCCAUCCAAAGCGUCGGAGUGUCAUCGAUAAAGAGAAGCGCGUGGGGCGGUGGAAGGUGAUUGAAGCAGAGCUGGAGGCGAGGGACCUGCCUGUCAAGGGAAACAGGUAUCCGCAAUCGAAGACAAUCAUCGAGCCACAGCUCAGCAGGCUGCAGCGGAAGCAGAGACGGAUGCAGAAGGCAUGA